UACAAUGUUAAUGUUAUGGAUCAGUUAAUAUUAAGAUGGAACGACAUACGUGUACAUAUACCUUUAACGCUGAAGACUGACGAUGGUGCACCUAUAACAGUGGUAUGUAACGUACAAACGGCGAUAGUAAAUGUCAUUUUUGGGGAUGGACAUACCGCUAUGGAAGAGUUACUAAAAAAUCCAGAUAUUCAGGGCAAAAUCAAAAGACUCAGUCCACAUGUGCGGAAAGCAUUUGUGGAGAGUCUUCUUGAUUUGUUCGAACAAGAAACGGAGGACAUGAUUGAUGCUAUAGAAGAAAGUCGGAUGGAACUAAGGGGAACAAUGUUGGAUUUUGAGGACGAGACCGAACAACUCAGGGCAGAGUCUAGAAUGUUAGAACAGCGACGUAUGGACUACGAACGGAAUAGUGUCAACAAGUACCUAGACGAGAAAGGAAGGAAAAGUAGGUCGUCCAGAAAUAGUUCACGUAUUUCCUUUAUAGACGAACGAUCGGAUGAGAAUAAAACAAGUGUCAAAGACUAUAUGAAAAGGAAAGAACAAAGUAGGCUUCAGUUUAAUGAAUCAAGGAGUCCUUCAUCACUUAGUGUACCAUCCAUGGCACCUGUUGAAAGACCCAUCAGUUCUCAGUCGUCAAGAAGUUUACCUACUCCAAGCCCUAUAAUGAGCAAGAAAGCUUUACAAGCGGAAACCGAUGCAAUUAUGCAGAAUCUGUCGACUGCUGAUAAUAAGUUAGCAACAGAAAGAUACAGGCAAACUGAAUUGCUAGAGGAAAGAAAGGCAAGAAGGAAAGAAACACAUAAGUCGAGGGAGGAACAAGCCCUGGAAUUAUUAGAGAAGGCUUUAAUGAUGGACAAACAACUGACAGCUAAAAAAGAGGCACAAGAAAGGAGACUGAAAGAAAGACUGGAAGAAAUGAAGAGAAAGAAAGACAGGACAAUGUGUGAAAGUGUGGAACCUUCAGAUAGAUUACAAGAUUUCGAACGUUUUUGAUAAAUCAAAAUAUUUUAUCACCUCAUUACUUGGUGUCAAUACACAAUUGACAGAAAUAGGACAAAGAAGAACUUUUAAUUAAGAAAGAUAACUCCUAGACUUCAGUACCAUACGAUAGAGUAUUUAUAUUUAUGAAACAGUAUUCCGUAGAUAAAUAGUCAAUGAGAUCAGUCAACAUUAUAGUGUUGGCUAAACUGUAUACAACAAACUGUUUCAUUUUAGAUAUAUCAGUUGUAUAAAGAUAAGGUGUAUCAUGUCCUCAAAGUACCAUUGUCAACAAUUUUGAACGGUUAAAAUAAGGAAAUAUAUAUUUUAUUGUGUUUUGUAUUGUUCUACAUUUUGGGUUUUUAUAUUGAAUCACAAAUUGUAUUUUGUUCCGUUCUAUAAAAUCUAAAUUUGAGAUUAUAUUGUUCUAUUGUUGAGUUUCUUUUAUAGAUUUAAAAAUAAAAUGUUAUGCUUCACCUUUAAAAUGAGAAUUAAAGACAAAUUAUGUAAUGUCAGUUCAAUCACCAGAACUACUUUGAUGAAACAUUGUGCAACGUUAAUAAAAAAAUUUACGUGGCACCUAACAUAUAUUCUAUAUUCUGUUUGUUGUAAUUGUUACUCUCGUUUUGUGCUUAGGCGGCGUGAAGCAAUUACUAAUCAAUCAAUUCUUGCGAACUGUGACUUUAAAUAUUUAUGUUUUGAACUUAUAGCAAUUUGACUAAGUUGUUUUUUUUAUGUUUUCCUAUAUAUUUCAUAACUGACAUAUUCCUUAGAGUAAUAGACAAUUUGUUAAUGAAGUAGAGUAUAAUAUUGAUUUACAUUAAUACAGAAUAGGGAAAAAAUGCAUGCUCUGAUACAAUGAUUGAUUUGUAUGUUCCUAAAACAACAUGCGGCGACAUGCACUCACAAAAAUCAAUACAUCUUUAUGUUUACAAAAUUAUUACAAGACAAGUUAAAAGUUGUGUUUGUCGGCAAAAUUUCCAUAGAUAUCUUCUCUCAUGUAUGUAGUUUAUGUUUGUACAUGUCACGUGACAUAUAGUUCAUUUUUGUACGUUAUACGAUAUUAUUUUAAAUGAUCAUUUUGUCAAAAUGGACACUAUAUCUAUCAUCGUUGUUAGAACUUAUUAUGCACACAUAAUAGAAACAUUUUUUUUUUUCAGUUAUUACUUUUAUAAUUAGUAUUGUUGUUUAAAACAUAUCACUGAAUUACUUUCUUGUUCGUUUCUUUUUCCUUGAUUUUUUUAUUUUAUUUCAAAGCAUAAUUGACGAGUGUUUCAAGAGCUCAUGUGCAAAUGGGUGAGAAUACGAUAAUUAUUCAAGCGAUGAAAAUGGACGAAUAGGAUAGACUUUACAUUUAAUAUUUACCAAGUCUUAGUAUGCUUCUUGGACAGUCAUUGGUUAGCACUUUUUAAAUAGAGAACAAAUUUGAGAACGUUUGUAUUAGAGUAUCAAUAUAAAUAAUAAAGGUAAAACACAAAUAAAGAGAAAUAUAAAGUUAGAGUUAUUCCCCUUACAAUGCAUAACAGUCUAUUUGAACAAUACUUUUGAAUACACAAUUGUUAUCUGUAUAGGUUGUGACUUAAAUAUAUGGCAGGCCAUAUUUACUGUAUGUAAUAAAUGUAAAUGUUGUUCAAAAUAAAUCAUUACUAGUAUA